UGUCAGAAAUAAAGAGCGGCGUUUUAAAGCGGGUGAAGGGGGGUCUCUCUGAGCCAGGGAGCGUCCGCCAGCGUGAGGGGAAAAAAACACCAUCCGCCCGAACAACAGCACAGGGAGGAGGAGAGGAGAAGAGAAGAGAAGAGAAGGAGACAGACGGAGGAGAGGAGAGGAAGAGAGACGGUGGCUGAGACCCACUCGCGUCAACGCACGCCGUCCGCUCCUGGUCACGAUAUGAUCCAGUCUCUGGUAUCUCUCUGUGAUAUCCGCUGAAGCCACUAUGUGAGCGUGACUCACUGACAGACAGAGAGAAAUCCCUAUCUUAAGAAUCAGGGUACAGAGCAUCCCUGUCCAAAGGCUUACAUGCAAGGAGAGCGAACCUCAGCUCACGUCAAUCUAACUGACAACUUAAGAGAAGCGGAGACCAUGAAACAGAAAAAGGCAAAUUCCACAGACAAUGUCUGCGCUAAACUUCACUGAACCUAAAACUUUCCUUUAACUUCAAAGAUCAGUGAAUAAACUUUUCUGAGAGACUCCCCUGUUUCUUAAGGUUCCAGUGCACAAUAUCAUAGAGGUUAAAUCCCAAGGAGGGAAAAUAGUACAGGAUAAUAAAAAUGCUGAAGAUGACCAUGUUCCUGUUUCAAACUCACCUGCUUCUUGGAGUGGCCAGCUCCCUUGUCAUCCACUCCAUGCCCUGGAGGGUGGCCUGUCCUCAUCAGUGUGUGUGUCAGAUCAAGCCCUGGUAUUCGCCCCAGUCUGUCUACAAGGAGGCCCCGACGGUGGACUGCAACAACCUCCUGCUCACCUCUCUCCCUUCGUCACUUCCCGCUGACACGCAGACCCUCCGGCUGCAGAGCAACCUCAUCAGUUCCCUGGAGCAGAGUGAGUUGGACGGCCUGGCCAAUCUCACCGAGUUGGACCUCUCCCAGAACAGCUUCAGUACCACACGCCAGGUCCGCAUCACAGAGCUGCCCUCCCUCUUGAGCCUCCACCUGGAGGAGAACCAACUGAGGCACCUGCCAGACGCCGCCUUCUCGGGCCUGCCGAGACUCCAGGAGCUCUACCUGAACCACAACCGCCUGCGGAGCAUCGCCCCCGGGGCCUUCAAGGGUCUGAAGAACCUGCUCAGACUCCACCUGAACUCCAACCAGCUGGUGGUGAUCGACAGGCGCUGGUUCCACCACUUGCCCCUGCUGGAGGUAUUGAUGAUCGGUGGGAACCCAGUGGAUACAAUACAGGACCUCAAUUUCAAGCCCCUUGCCUCCCUUCGCAGCCUGGUUCUGGCAGGGAUGGGUCUGCGUGAGUUGUCUGACCGAUCCCUUGAGGGGCUGACCAACCUGGAGAGCAUCUCCUUUUAUGACAACCUGCUGACCAAAGUUCCCAAGGAGGCCCUGCAGAAGCUUCCAGAGCUGAAGUUCCUUGAUCUGAACAAGAAUCCGAUCCAGCUGGUGCAGAAGGGAGACUUCAGGGACAUGCUUCACCUAAAAGAGCUGGGCUUGAACAAUAUGGAUGAGCUAGUAUCCAUCGAGCACUCUGCCAUGGAGAACCUUCCAGAGCUCACCAAGCUGGAGAUUACCAACAACCCACGGCUCUCUUACAUCCACCCCAAGGCCUUCCAGCGCCUGUCCAGCAUGGAGAGUCUGAUGCUGAACAGCAAUGCCCUGAGCGCCCUUCACCGGCAGACAGUCAUCUCCCUACCCAACCUGCAGGAGAUCAGCCUGCAUACCAACCCCAUCCGCUGUGACUGCCUCAUCCGAUGGAUGGGUGCAGACAACGACAAGCCCGUGCGCUUUAUCGAGCCCCAGUCCACCUUCUGUUCUGAGCCACCAGAGCUGAAGGCCCAGCGGGUCAAGGAUGUGUCGUUCCGCGAAAUGGCCGACAGCUGCCUGCCACUCAUCGCCCCCAGCACCUUCCCCACCUUCAUCCAGAUAAAGCAUGGCGAGAACAUUGCCCUGCAUUGCCGGGCCCUGGCCGAGCCAGAGCCAGCUAUCUACUGGGUCAUUCCCAAAGGGAUUCGACUGACCCCCUCCACCAGCUAUGGGCGCUACCAGGUCCUGACUGAGGGAACGCUAGAGAUCUUGGGGGUCACGCCAGAGGAGGCCGGGUUCUACACUUGUGUGGCCCAAAACCUGGUGGGGGCCGACACGCGGAGCCUGACUCUGAGAGUGGAAGGGAUGGCGUGGAUCCCGGUGGCGAGUGCCCAGCCCAGCGAAGACAAGCUGGAGGUACGAGGCGUGAGUGAGCGCUACGCCCUGCUCUCCUGGCAAGCAGGACGCAACGUCCCCGCCGCCCGGCUCUCGUGGCUGUCCAACGGGAGUCUGGAGGACACGCGCCGACACAGCCGCCGCAUCCUGGCCGGCACCCGCGGCUUCAACCUCACACGCCUGCAGCCCGGCACACACUACAAGGUCUGUCUACACAUGGGUCCCAACGAGACAUCCUGUGUCCACCUCCGGACGAAAGAGCUGCCUGCCACAGCCGAGACGCCCGACCUGACCCCCGCCGUACUGCUCGCCGUGUCCGCACUGCUCCUCUUACUCGCCGCACGGACGUGUCAGGGCGGAGCCUCACUCGGCUGGAAGGAGGAAGAGAUGGGGAAGCCACACACCAUGCUCCUGUCGCAGGAGGCCAAAGCUUUCAUGGCAGCGCCUGUCCUUUAUGCCCUUCCUCCUCCUCUUCUUGCUCUCUCGCAGAAGCAGCUGAGCUGCCCUGACAAAGGCAGGGAGUCCGCAGAAGAUGCCCAGAGCAAAGAGCUCCUGAAGUGUCAACAGACCCCGAUAGUUCAGGAUUCUCCAGUGGAGAAAUGCUGAGCGGACGACGUCAGGUAUCAAGGAAUUCACAACAUCAAGAACACAAAGUCUGGUAAAGCUGUCGACAGGUUCCAGAACUAACAACCACACCCAAGUCCUAACUCAAAUUGGAAUACAACAAAACUCACUCCAUAAAACUGAAAAGAGACUAUGUGCUCUUCAACAAUGUAAAAACUGAUUUAUUGGUAUUUAUACAAAUUUAUAAAGAGUAUACAUACAAUAUAUAUAUUGAAAACAUUCGUAAAUGUAUUCAGAUGUAUACACCAUGAAAACAAAUGUUUCAGUCACGCUAAAAAAAAAGGAACAGUUGACUUUUACACUACCAAUGAACUCAACCGAUCUGUAUAAGAGAUGUCCAAAUGUGUAAUAAUAUAUUUUUUCAUAAAAAGGAAGAGAGUGAACUGACUUGACCAGUGGUUCACAUAAUAUAAAAUGGGUCAACCCAGCUGUCUCUUAAGACCAAAACACAUGAGUCUGGGGCAAAAAGACCUCCAGUUACCAUCUGUUCAGGUUAAAAAAAAAGGCAAAGAAGGUACUUUUCUACUUUUUAAGACUAAAAAUACUUUGUGGGAAAAGCAAUGAGAAGAGUGCUGUUGCUAGGGUGUGCAGCAUUUUUGUUUGUUGCCUCUAAAAACACAUCUAUGUUGUCAGAGGGUCUGAGUACACAGCUCACAGGUGAAGACCAGUGACCACAGGAAGCAGGUAAAACAAUAACAGUUCAUUAAAUGAACAGUUCCACAUCAGCAACCCAAACAGCCAUGAAGCGUAAGAUGGGCGAUUCUUUUAGCUCGGAGGCAUCUGUGGUUUAGCAACCCGGUCACACGAGCCUAUGAAAAGAGCACCUGGAUGAUGCGGACCCCGCGUCUACUGUGACUCACUUUGUCUAUGUGACUCUUGUUAAGAGUCAUGUGUCCUCGAACGUGAUGCAGAGAGAGAAGAGAAAAGUUCACAAAAAGGUAACAAAGGAAAAAAGCUGGAGGAC